AUUAAAACGAGCGCCCCAAAUCCAAGUACGUUGCGCAUGCGCAUCUCAGCAGACUGACAGAUCGGAAGUUGGUUUGUUCAUUCAAGUGUCGUCGCGGAAUAAAAGAUGAGUGGCCAGUCUGACGGAAACAAGGAGUUUCUGGAGCAGCUGCGCCUCCAGCAGCUGUAUGGUCAGCGGAAUGAAGAUGGCUCCGAUCCCUAUUCCUACACCGACCCAGAGGAUGGGACUGUGUAUGACUGGGACCAUGACAAGAAGGCGUGGUUCCCUAAAAUAACAGAGGACUUUAUUGCAGCCUAUCAGGCCAACUAUGGCUUCACUCAGGAAGGAGAACCAGAUGCCAGUGCCCCUGCAGUGAGCAGUGCCGACCCAGCAGCCCCUGCCCCAGACAGCAAGGCUCCAGCACAAGACAGUCUGAGAGAACCCGCCCAGACGCAGACCCAGAACCCAGACCAGAAUCAGACAUCGGCUAAAGAAGCCAAGCAGAAAGGAGAGAAGAGGAAAGCAGAGCCAGGAUGGUUUGAUGUGGACAAAGAUAAGAACACUAAUGUCUACGUGUCAGGUCUGCCUCCUGACAUCAGCACCGAGGAAUUUGUGGAGUUAAUGUCUAAGUGCGGCAUCGUGAUGCGGGACCCCAUCACUGAGGAGUACAAGGUCAAACUGUACAAGGACGGCCAAGGCAACCUGAAGGGAGACGGCCUCUGCUGCUAUCUCAAGAAGGAGUCUGUGGCCCUGGCUAUGCGUCUGAUUGACGAGUCAGAGAUCAGAGGUUACAAGCUCCAUGUGGAGGCAGCACGCUUUGAGAUGAAGGGCGCGUAUGAUGCCAGCAAGAAGAAGAAGAAGAGCAAAGAGUACAAGAAGAAGAUGCAGCAACAACAGAAACAGUUGGACUGGAGGCCAGAGAAGCAAGGUGAAGUGAGGAAGAGACAUGAAAAAGUUGUCAUCAUUCAGAACAUGUUCCACCCCAGUGACUUUGAGGAAGACCCACUGGUGCUGAACGAAUACCGUGAGGACCUGCGGACAGAGUGUGAGAAAUUCGGACAGGUCAAGAAGGUCAUCAUCUUCGAUAGACACCCAGAUGGUGUGGCAUCAGUUGCGUUUAAGGAGCCAGACCACGCUGACGUCUGUCUUCAGGCGUUGGACGGUCGCUGGUUUGGAGGCAGGAAACUGUCCGUUAAGUUGUGGGAUGGAACGACAGACUAUCAGGUGGAGGAGACAACACGAGAGCGAGAGGAGCGGUUGAAGGGUUGGUCCAAUUUUCUGGCUGGAGGCACGUCGGAGGGCCAGCAGGGCAGUGACAGCUCCAAGCCAGCAGGGGGCGCUGCCUCCACAGAGGCGGGACAGACAGGCAGCAGCACAGAACCCGGCCCUGACAGGACGGCCCACACCCAGAGACCCAGCAAAGACCCCGAAACAGAACCACCGCCCCCAGAGCAACAAGAACAGGAAGUGGAGUCCACAGACAGCAGCCUGGCAGGAAGCGAUGACGAGGAAACCUAAACUCUGCCACCCACAUCUGUCGUCUCCAUGGCAACUGAUGAGAGAAGUCCUGCUUGGAAGCGAAUAGAACUGCUGCAAACUUGCUUGUCGAUCAGGAGAAAUAAUUGGGACAGUUUGACGUGUUUUGUAAUUGGUGUAAUGUAGAGAAAUAAAAUUAGACUUUUUCCUGUUU